AUGGGGGGGGACCGCAAGCGCCCUUCUGCUGUCUCCUUCCCCCCCCCCCUCCCCCCUUCCUUACACCCAGAGGGGCCUGGGGGCCCCUUGGGGGCCCCUGGGGGCCCCCCAGGGGGGCCCCCUGGGGGGCCCCAAGGGUAUACGGUGUUGGGUGAGGGGCCCCCCGCUUCAUCCGUUUGGCUGCAGGAGAAGAGACAGCGCAUCGAGCCUCACUUGACUCUACCCUCAGACCUGGGGGCCCCCGCUGCUGCUGCUGCUGCUGCUGCUGCUGCUGCAGCUGCUGCUGCUGCUGCAGGUGAUUCUGGUUCUGCUGCUGUUGCUGCUGAUUGUGUAGCGGAGAAGAAAGGACUCAGUGCAGCAAGUCCGUUCCUCGCAAGCCUAAAGCAGCGGCAGCAGCAGCGGCAGCAGCAGCAGCAGCUGCAGCAGGAGCAGCAGCAGCAGCAGCAGCUGCUGCAGGCGGAGGAGGAUGAGCAGCAAGACAGCAGCAAGGGCGGUAAGCAGCAGUUUGCUGCUGCUGCUGCACUGCUGCAGUCUCUGCCUAUAUGGAAGCGUCACCCUGAGUCAAUGCCUGCGCUGCUGCGAGCAGCAGCAGCAGCAGCAGCAGCAAGACAACAGCGUGGGGGGGGCCCCCAACAGAGAGACAGCAUGCUAGAGGGGCCCCCCUUCGCCUCAGCAACCAUACACUGGGAGGCAAGGAGACAGGCGGUGUGUGUUAAGGCUUAUAAGCAGGGACCCGCGGAUGGGGGCCCCCCAACAGCCCCGCAAGACCCAGCAGCAGCAGCAGCAGCAGCAGCAGCAGCAGCAGCAGCAGCUGGUGUGCCCGAGGAGACUGCUGUUUGCUGCUUAUGUCUACUUCUUACAGCUCCCCUUCGCACCAAGCUCUCAACACCGUCCCCUCAAGCAGAGCACAGAGGGGACAGGGGGGCCCCCGGGGGCCCCCCGUCUCGCUGCUACGCAGCAGCAGCAGCAGCAGCUGAUAGGGAUGUUGGCAGCAGACGGGCGAUGACCCACAGGGGAGGAGAUAAAGCAGCAGCAAGAGAGACAGGAGGAUCUGUACUUGCUGCAGAGGCACUUGCUGCUGCUGCAGUUGCUGCAGCAUCUCUUUCUGCUGCUGCUGCUGCUGCUGCCAACAGCAAUAACUACAACAACCAGCAGCAGCAGCAGCAAACUGCUGCUGCUGCUGCUGCUGCCGCAGGGACAGCGUCUGUGAUCCUCCUCUCCUGGUCCUUCUCGCUGCAGCAGCGGGGCUGUUCCCCGUGCGGGGCUGCUGCACCACGGCAGCAGCAGCAACAGCAGCAGCAGCAGCAACAGCAGCAGCAGCAAACAGAGGUGCAGGCUGCUGUUGCUGCUGCUGCUCAUGCGGAGCUGCCCCUUGAGCUGGGCGAGGCCCUCGGCUGUCUCCAACUGUCUCCUUUUGCUGCUGCGGGACAGAGGGUACUUAAGUGCAGCAGGCCCACACUCAAGGAGCUCGCCAUCGUCCUUCGGGAGCUCAGCAGACAGACAUCCCUCUCCUGCUGCUCCUCCCAGCAGCAGCAGCAGCAGCUGCUGCUGCUGCUAGACCCAGGCGAUUUUGCUGCUGCAUGCGCUGCUGCUGUUUCGCGGCUGUUGCUGCUGCUGCAGCAUGGCAAGGGUCUCUCCAUAAACCCGAAGGCCUGCGCAGCAGAGCAGCGGCGGCUGCUCGCUGCAUUUGCUGCUGAGGCGCCUUCACUGUCUCCUUCUGCUGCUCUGCAUGCAAGGAUUCAGCAGCAGCAGCAGUUUGCUGCUGCAUGCGCUGCUGCUGUUUCGCGGCUGUUGCUGCUGCUGCAGCAUAGCAAGGGCCCUUUCUUAAACCCGAAGGCCUGCGCAGCAGAGCAGCGGCGGCUGCUCGCUGCUUUUGCUGCUGAGGCGCCUUCACUGUCUCCUUCUGCUGCUCUGCAUGCAAGGAUUCAGCAGCAGCAGCAGCAGCAGCAGCAACAGCAGCAACAGCCAUCGCCCCCGUCUGCUGCAGCGCGAGGAGAGACAACUUCAGCACGCUUGCUGCAGGAGCAGGAGGCGACUCUACAGCUUCUGCUGCAGCAGCAGCAUCAGCAGUUUGCAGCUGCUGCAUUUGAGGUCCCGAUGCUGCAGCCGCGCCGCCAGCAGCAGCAGCAGCAGCAGCAGCAGCAGGGCCGGCUUACAUUGUCUGCUGCUGCAGCACCAACAGCAGACUCUGCUAGCUUCUUGCUGCGGCAUCUUCAUGCUGCAGUCGGAAGCAAAAUGCUGCUGCCCUCAGUACACCAGGCGAUCCUCAAAGCCAAGCUGUGGGGCCCCACCCCUGCAGCGGCAGCAGCAACAGCAGCAGCAGCAGCAGCAGCAGAAACGCCAGAGGACAUGCCGGCCGCUGGCGCUGCUGCUGCUACUUCUGCUGCUUGUGCUGCUGAGAGAAGCAGCAGCAGCAAAUACAGCUGCCGCGCCCAGGAAUCUACCAAUAGCUCAGAAAGGCAGCAGCAGCGUCAGCAGCAUCAGCAGCAUCAGCAGCAUCAGCAGCAUCAGCAGCAGCUGCUGCUGCAGCGUCCGUUUUUGCGGCGUCUCCUCGGCGAUGGAUGCCCAGGGUGUCUUCGCAGCAAUUGCUGCUGCAUCUCCUGCAGCAGCAGCAGCAACAGCAGCAGCAGCAGCAGGGCGAGUUGCCGAUGUGAUGCUGCAGGCAAGGAGACGUUGGGGGCCACUACAGACUCGACUCUCCUGCAGCAGCAGCUGCUGCAGCGGGGCCCCUUUGCUGCUGCUGCUCGUCGUCUGAGUUGGUUUGAGGCGAUGUGUCUGAUGCCGCAGCAGCUGCACUCUCUGCCUGUUGAACGUCCAGCAGCAGCACCCGCAACAGCAGCAGCAGCAGCAGCAGCAGCAGCUGAAGGAGCAGCAAGAGGUGGUAGCUGCCACCUGCUCGCCGUGCUGCUGCCCCCAGUGGGAGGCCCCCCCUUACAAAAGGAUAAACUGCAUCGGGUGUAUCUGCAGCAGGGUGUGUCUGCUGCUCAUCCUUCUGUCUCCGUUCUGCUGCAGCACAGCAGCAGCAAACUCCCUCACAGUCUCAACACCAUAACCCUCGCGCUGCAGCAACCUCCUGUUGCUGCUGCUGCUGCUGCUGCUGCUGUUGUUGCGGGGCUGCGCUGCUUCCUCGCCAACCAAACUACCCCGCUGGUAGUGGAGCUGCAGCUGCCCCCACCAAGCCCCCGGGACGUGCCUCUAUCUGCUGCUGCUGCUGCAGCAGGUGCUGCUGCAGCAGAUGCUGCUGAUGCAGGAGACGCUUCGUUUGCUGCUGCUGUGACAGCGGUUAGCGGUUGCUACCGCAGGUGUCUGCAGCUGGUCGAGGCUUCUGCUGCUGCAGUCUGCUGCAGGGAGGGGCCCCCCCGCUGCUCCUUGGGGGCCCCCAAGAAGGCUUUGGGGGCCCUCCUGCGUUAUCUAUUAGAAAGGAUGGAGUGCCCCCGCUGCGGCGAGCGCAGCAGCACGGGGCCCCCUUGCAGCAGCUGCUUUCUUGCCCUGAAAGAUGCUGCUGCUGCUGCUGUUGCUGCUUCGGAUGAAGGAGCAGCAGCGCCUGCAGCAGAUACAGCAGCAGCUGCUGCUCCUGCUGCUCGUGCUGCUGCUGCAGUGGCAGGUGAAAAGGAGCGAGAGCUGGUACCCCGCAUCCUCGCCUUUCUCUCUGCUGCUCUGCUGCAGUUUCUGAGACAACAAGAAGACACCGAAGACACCGAUUCAAUUGCUGCAGCAGAUGCAGCAGAUACAACUGCUGCUGCAGCAGAUGCAGCGACUGCUGCAGCAGAUGCAGCAGCUGCUUCAGGGGAUGCAGCAGCUGCUGCAGCAGAUGCGGGAGCUGCUGCAGCAGAUGCAGGAGCUGCUGCAGCAGAUGCAGCAACUGCUGCAGCAGAUGCAGGAGCUUCUGCAGCAGAUGCAGGAGCUGCUGCAGCAGAUGCAGCAGCAGCAACAGAUAUAGCAGCUGCUGAAGCAGAUGCAGCAGCAGCAGCAGCUGCUGCAGAUUCAGCAGAUGCAGUAGCGGGUGCACAUGAAGCAACGAAAGCAGCAGAUGCAGGACCUGCAUCAUCAACUACAAAAACAACAGCAGCAGCAGCAGCAGCAGCAGGAGAUGUUGCUGCUGCACCAGAUGUGGGUUUUUCUUGUGCUGGUUCGCAUGCAAGCUGCUGCAGCAGCUGCUGCUGCUUUGCUGCUGCUGAGAGCUCAGGGGGGCGGCUGAUGGAUGUGGUUGUCUCUGCCCCCUCCAUGGCCGCGGAGUGUCUCGCCUUUGGGGGCCUUCCUGUUGGUUGUGAUGACACACAGACGGCACCAGUGGCUCCAACGGCACACGAAGGGCUGGGAGCAGCAACAGCAACAGCAUCAACAACAGCAGCAACGGCAGCAGCAGUGGUGGCAGCAGCGCUCAAUCAGCAGCAGCAGACGGCUCAUCGCUAUACGCACCCUUCACCCCUCCAUCUGCAACUGCUGCUGCUGCUGCUGCUGCUGCUGCUGCUGGGCUUAUGCCUGCCUCUGUGCGGCCAUCACGGCCUUGUGUCUCCCCUGAGUUGUGGCGACCUUCUGCCGGCGGUGAGGCAGCAACAGCAGCAGCAGCAGCAACAGCCGCAGCAGCAGCAGCAGCAGCCGAAGGUGUGGGGACCCAAAGGAGACACGCUGUGCUGCAGCAGGACCAACGACCUUUUCGCGUGGAGUCUCCUUGAUGAGAAUGGGGUUUCUGCUGAGGUGUCUCUACAGCAUCGCCUUUCAAGGGCCAACAGCCGCCGAAGGGCCCCCACACGGGUAUCACCUGGGGACUCUCCCGGUGCGCAGCAGCAGCAGCAGCAGCAGCAGCGCGUAUCUCUAUCUCCCCCCGCAGCAGCAGGAGCAGCACCAGCAGCAGAAGCAGAACAAACGGAAAUUGCAGGCUGGGGCGUGUUUGCUGCAGAGCCAAUAAAGCGGGGAGAGUUUAUAGUGGAGUACGCGGGGAAUUGUGUCUCCGAGGCGAAGGCCAACUUCUUGACGGUGGGGUUGUGGUGUUUAUGGUUGGUGUGGUGUCUACGGGUGGUGGUGUUGUGUUGCGUUUUUGUUCGGCUGCAUAAUGAGAGUCAGUACGUGGAGAGUAUGGGGGGCAGCACUUAUUUCUUUCGCCUCAAAGACGGACUCAUCGUCGAUGCAACUGCAUGCGGCACUGCAACCCGAUUCAUCAACCACUCCUGUGCACCCAAUUGCUGCACUGUUGAUAUACUCGAUGAAGACGAAGAAGAUGGGGGCAGCCACGUGGGGUUGUUGGCGUUGCGAGACAUAAAAAUGGGGGAGGAGCUGUUGUAUAAUUACAGUCUGUCUGAAAGCUCGCUGCAGCAAGAGAUCUGCUGUUGUGGGGCGCCGAACUGUCGUGGGGUGAUGUAA